AUGACAACCAAUGAACAAGUCCAGGAGAGUCUUCUGAUUGGAUGGAAAAAUGAAGAAGUGGAGAGAAUGAGAGUCAAAAACCGAGAACAACGGGCUCAAAUGGAUUCCUUGAAAAACCGGAUCGUGCAGCUUGAGGGAGACAAUAAUCAGCUCAUCACCGAACGUGACCAGACCGCCACCAAUCACCAGGAACAAAUGAAAGAAAAAGAUGAAGAAAUAAAAAGAGUGCGGGAAGCGGCUGCAUUGGAAGAAUCGAGAUUGACUAAUGAAUUAGAAAGAAUCACCAGCCAAUGCACAGAAUUAUUGGAAAGAUCUGAGCGAAGUAAAAAAGAAGAAGAUGCUGCGAGAAAAGUGCUCGAACAAGAGCGAGAAACUGCAAUGGAAAAUCUGAGAGAGAAAAAUGAAAGACUCGAAAAGGAGAAGAAGGAAUUGGCCAGAGGUUACAGCUUUGAAAGGAGAAGUAAGAAGAUUGAAUUCGGCUAUGGGAAGACAAAAGAUGGAGCUCACAACUGCUCAAGAGACAGCGGAAUCUCUGCAGAGGGACGUUAG